AGAGCAGAGUACAUUCAGUACUGGUUGUGUCGCGUGAGCUGCUCCUGUUUUAUCCCUCUUGGCUGUAAUUCACAAAAACAAUCAAAUGAAAAAUCUCCCUCUCUCCCUCAUUUUCUUCUCUCCCUCGUUCUCGAAAUUCCAUUUCGAAACCCUAAUUUUUAAUUAAAAUGUUAACUGAGAACUCUCUCAGAACUUUGAUGGCGAAUCUCCGUUGUCAUCUCCCAAGUUUUGGUUGCGCUUCUCAGAAACAAUGUAAUAGUAGUACAUUUCUUCACCAACAACUCAGAUACUCAAUUCUUCGUUUCCCCCAAAUUUCUCGACCAAGAAACGUAGUAAUUACUGCUACUUCUUCAUCUUCUUCAACCAAGAAUCCGAGUGUUAAGAAGAGAAGAACAAGGGCGGGAAAACCUGUUAAGAGCAGUUCAGAGCUAUGUAAUGAGCUUAAAGAAUUUGUAGCUUUGGUUGGUCUACCUCAAGGUCACGUUCCGUCUUGGAAAGAAUUAACCGAGCAUGGAAGGAAGGAUCUUGCUAAUCUUGUUAGAAGGAGAGGGUAUAAGCUUAUCACCGAGCUUCUUACGGACUCUCAAGAAAGCACAAUUACAUCGGUGGAAAAUCAGGAUGAGAACGAUGAUUGUGAAAAUGUGCUCGUAGGGCCAGAUGAAAAAUCGGAUCGCUUGGCUAAAAUAGUUUCCGCUGACUUGGAUGAAAAAGAUUCAGCACCGAGUGAUGAUUACAAUUUUAGUUGGAGUUCUGUUGAUUUAGCUGAAAAAGAGUCAGAACCAAGUGAUAACUUCAUUUGGAGCUCAACUGUCUUGCCUGAAAAAGAGUCAGCACCGAGUGAUGAUAAUUUUAAUUGGAGCUCAGCUGUCUUGGCUGAAAAAGAGUCAGCACCAAGCGAUGAUAACUCUAAGUGGAGCUCUGCCGACAUGGCUGAAAAAGAGACAGCAACAGGUGAUGAUAACUUUAGCUGGAGCUCUGCUGUUUUGGUGGAAAAAGAGUCAGCACCAAGUGAUGGUAAGAUUAGUUGGAGCCCCGAUGAUUCUGCUGAAAAUGUGUCGGCACCAAGUGAUGACAACUUUAGUUGGGAUAUUCCAUCCAAAGACAAUACUGGCCAACCUCCCAUCAUUGAUGAUACCCAGAGCUCUGUAGAAUCUUCCACUAGUUCAUCCAUGAAGUUGAAGGAUAGGGCAGCAAAAUUUGUUCUGGAUGGUGUGUUGGAUGCAAUUGAAGGUGAAGUGUAUGAAGGUGAAAGGCUUACGAAAUUGGUAGCCGAAUCUCCUUACAGCGAAGAGAGUUCAAACUACAAAGCAGCUGAGAGCGAUGCCAUCUCAACAUUUGCUGCAAGUACUGAAGUUUCUGAGCUUGUUGCACCUCCUGCAACAGAAUACAGAGGUUACAGGGAUUAUCUUUUAUCAGCUGAAGAAUUGGACAGUAGUCAAUAUAAUGAGGCUGGUGAGGGGAACAAUCAGGUUGAAAUUGAUCACCUAAAAUUCAUGCUGCAUCAGAGGGAGUUGGAACUAACUCAACUAAAGGAACGCAUCGAGAAAGAAAAGAUUGCAUUGUCAAAUCUACAAGCUAAAGCAGAGAUGGAAAUAAGCAAAUCCCAAGAGAUCAUUAUUGCAAAACAUGAAGAGUUACAAGCAGCAGAGGAGAGCCUUUCCGGACUAAAAGAGGUUGAGAUUGAGUUUUUGGGAAAUCAUGAAACCGUGGAGGUAGCAGGUAGCUUCAAUGGGUGGCAUCAACCAAUUUACAUGGAUCCAGUUCCUUCUUCUACCAGUACCAUUGAAUCAAGGAAAUUGAACCUAUGGUCGACAAAAUUGUGGCUUUACCCUGGAGUAUAUGAGAUCAAAUUUAUUGUUGACGGCCAUUGGACAAUAGACCCACAGAGGGAGACGACUUCUCGGGGAACCAUACAAAAUAAUAUCCUCCGGGUUGAAAGAUGAUAUUGGCCCUUUUGGGGCAAGUGGACUAUUAUUAGAAUAUCACUAGGGAAUUCUUGGUUUCUGACAAACCAUGUACAUAAAGGUAAAAGGUUUCAAAAUUAUCACCUGUUAGCAUCAGAAGGACAGCAUCUACGUGUCAGCUCUAACCAUACAGCAAAGAGUUGUUGAGGACUGCUGCUGCAUUUAGCACUGCAGUUUCUUUGUAACCGUAGAAUUUUUGCAGUAAAAUUAGCCCUAUAGAAGGCCAAUUGAUUAUUCUUUACAUCUUAUAUUCGUCUCACUUGCAUGGUUCAAGAAAUACAAUAGUUAUGCAACUUA